CCUCCACCUCUCGCGUGUUGAGCUCUGGCUCGCGCCAAGCGUGGGGAGCUGGCGUGGGGCUGGCCCGGCCCGCGGGGCGUGGAGUGCGGGACUCGCGCGGCCGGCUCCUGGGCGAGGGGCCAAUGUAGCCGACGCGCCCCGGGCCGGAGCGUCCCUCCCCGACCCUGGGCAGCCCCCGGUCGGGCCCGGCGCGCGCUCGCCUCCCGGGAGGGCGGCCCGGGCCAUGGCGGCUGCGGCCCUGGCGAGCGGGGCCCCCUUCGGCCCUGCACUCGAGCUGCUACCGGGACAGCCCGCGCCGGCCCGGGCGCGCCCGGAGUCAGUGACCUUCGAGGAUGUGGCCGUCUACUUCUCUGAGAACGAAUGGACCGGCCUGGCCCCCGCUCAGAGGGUGCUGUACAGGGACGUGAUGCUGGAGAACUAUGGGGCUGUGGCUUCCCUGGCAGCAUUUCCAUUUCCCAAACCGGCUCUGAUUUCCCAGCUGGAGCGAGGGGAAGCACCCUGGUGCAAAGCUCCUCAGGGAGCUCGGGAUGGAGAGGGCCCAAGGGGCGUCUCCUCAGGAUGUCCAUUUCUAAAGCCUGCUGGGAUCUCCCAUCUUGAGCAGGUAGAAGAGCCAUUGAACCUGAAACUUCGAGGAGAGGGUCCAAGCCUAAGCUGUACUGAGGGUGUGCUGAAGAGUCAGAAAGAUUUUAUUCUGAAGGAGGAACGUUUUGAGGAGGCAAAGGACCACGUGGUGUUAUCAAGCAGACCCCGGUGGUGUGGCUCCCAGGAAUUCUGGUUUGGAAAAACCUGUGAGGAGGAAAAAAGCAGGUUAGGGAGGUGGUCGAACUACUCCAAUGGGAGAAGUAUGGAGAACACUGCAAAUGAUAUUAUAGAAGUGAUUGUCAAAGAUGAGAUGGUCUCAGGAGAAGAUAGUUCAGAGAAUGCUGAUGUGAAUACCCACCUUGUUACACAUCAGGAAAUUCUCAGUGAGCAGGUGUUCUAUAUAUGUGAAGAAUGUGGCAAGUAUUUUGAUCAAAAUGAAGACUUUGACCAACAUCAGAGAAUUCAUAAUGGAGAGAAGGUCUAUGGAUGUAAGGAAUGUGGAAAGACUUUCAGUUUUAGAUCACACUGCAUUGCACAUCAGAGAAUUCACACGGGGGUGAAACCCUACGUUUGUCAAGAAUGUGCUAAAGCCUUCGUUUGGAAGUCAAACCUGAUUCGACACCAGAGAAUACAUACUGGAGAGAAACCCUUUGAAUGUAAGGAAUGUGGGAAGGGCUUUAGUCAGAACACUAGCCUUACACAACAUCAGCGAAUCCACACUGGGGAAAAACCAUACACUUGUAAGGAAUGUGGGAAAAGCUUUACUCGGAACCCAGCCCUACUUCGACAUCAGAGAAUCCACACUGGGGAGAAGCCUUAUGAAUGCAAGGACUGUGGGAAAGGCUUUAUGUGGAACUCUGAUCUUGCUCAGCACCAGAGAGUCCACACGGGGGAGAAGCCCCAUGAAUGUACUGACUGUGGGAAAAGCUUCAUCUGCAAGGCACACCUUAUCCGACAUCAGAGAAUCCAUACUGGGGAAAGACCCUAUCAAUGUAAUGACUGCGGGAAGGCCUUCAGUCAGAAUUCUGUUCUGAUUAAGCACCAGAGGCGCCAUGCCAGAGAGAAACCCUGUAAUUGUCAGACCUCUCACAUUGAACAUUAGAGAAUGCAUAAUGGUGGUACUUGCUUAUAAUUCUUAUGCAACAGGAACCCCAGAGACAAAACAAGGUGAUUGUCCACAGUUUGUUAUAACUCUAAUAGCCAGUAUUAUCUUACCCCUUCUGAGUAGAUACCCUGUGCUCUAGCAAGAGUGGUCCUCCUGUUAGACCAUGUUCAUGCUAGGCAACUUUUAGUUGAGCAUCUACUCUGUCAGGUACUAUGCUAAUCACUUUAUGUACAAUCUUUAGUUUCUCUUAAUCCCAUUGAGGUAGUUACUCAUCCUCGUUUUACAAAUGAGAAAUCUGAGAUUGAAAGAAGUUAUAAAACUCAUUCAAGGUCACUUAGCUAAUAUGUUACAGAAUUGAGAUUAGAAGCAGGUCUAUCUGACCCCAGAGUCUACUGUUCUUUAUUUGUGCACAUUUCUGCUUCUGCUCAUUUCUAUUUGCUCAAGUUUCCCUAGGCUAAAAAUUUCCCUUUCUCAUCUAAUACCCAGCUCCUUCAACCAAACAGACCUCUCUUCCUCUUCUACUUGUAAUCAGUACUGUCCAAAUUGUUAUUUAACUAUGUGCUGUCUUAUAUUUUUCUAAUGUCUUACUGUGUUAGUCCAGCUAAAUGUCUCUUUGAGGACCAACACUGUAUUUCUUUCAAAUUUUGAAACUUAUUUAUUUUUGACUAGCUGUAACAUGCUCAUGAUAAAAAAAAAGUUGAAAUAGUUCAAAAAGGUGUUCGGUGAAAAGUAAAUCUCCUUGUCACUCCUAUCUCCCAGUCUGUCUUCUCAGAGACAGCUACUGUUACUGGUUGUGUGUCUUCCUGGAUAUAUUCUUUCUAUAUACAAGUACUCAGCUUUCAUAAAUCUACCUCACUGAAAACCAUGUUUGCUGUAGAUGACAAUGCAGUUACAUUGCCAACUCCAGAACUUUCUCUUCCUCUGAAGCUGUGGUCCACCCUGAGGUCACCAAGGUAACUUAAGGAAACUAGUGGAGGGUAGUCUGAAUUGUGCAGUCUUGGGAGACCUGAUUCCCUUUGUGUUAGAAGAUAGCACUCUGGGACUGGGAAAAUGUAAAGCAAGUGGGAGACUUUGUUUUGUUUUGUUUCCAUAAAAAAUUGUAUAGCUACAACCCCUCUCAUUGUUCCACUAUCCCAGAUCCCCUUCCAGUCUUUCCCUUCUCAUCAUCACGAUAGCCCACAUUCCAGAGUAAGCUGUAUUAUUAGAGAAUGGUAUUGACCAUCUUCAAGGGUUAGAGAAACAAAGGCCCUAUUCAGAGGAGAGUGCUGGCCAAAACAGAUGAAACACAUUCCAGACUUCACCUUUCGAGCCAUUUUUCAGCAGUUUGCCUCUCUGCUAAUUAGGCAUUCCACUUUAGAAGCUCCCAGCCAGGUAAUGUAAUUGUUGACUAAGGAGCAAGGAAGAGAAGCCAGAGACUGGCUUGGACUAAAGUGCUUCCUGAAAGUUACAAACAUACUAUCUGAUUGCUGAAGCUUAAAGCCACUUGGCUUAGCAUAGUCCAGUUAGGGUAACCUCUAAUAAGCAUUGAAACUUUUGUACCAAACAGAACCAAGAAAUGGAAAUGAGUGAUGUGAACAGGCAUUUUGGGGAAGUUUAUUAAGCAAAUAUCAUUGAGCACCUGCUUGUAUGCAAAGCACUAUGCUAGGUGCUGCUAAACAAUGGAAAGUCAGACCUGCUUCCUGCCUUUCAGGAACAUUCAUCUAGAGAGAGAGACCAAACAAAAAAAUCAAGUAAUUGAUUAAAAAUUGCUAAGCAUUAUGAAGGAAAUGAAUGCUACAGAGAGGGAAUGAUGGAGAGGGAAGCUCUUUAUAUAAAUGGUCAGGGAAGGCCUAUCCUAGGAGGUAACAUUAAAGUUAAAUCUCUGAAUGAGAAGAAGGCACAUGUAUCAAGAAAGGGAAGAACAGCAGGCAGAGGGAACAGCUCUGCAGACUCUGAUGUGUGAAGGGUUUGGCAUGUUCAAGAAACUAAAAGGUUUGGGGUGUAACAUAAUGAUCAAGGGUAUGAGAGGUACAAGUUAGGUUUGUAGACACAGGUGGACCAGAUAAUUCAAUUCCAUCCUAAGUGAAAAGCCAUUAAAGGGUAUUCAGUGGAGGAAUGACAUGUUUGAUUCACAUUUUAGGAUGAUAGCUGCGUGCUAAGUCGACAAUGGUUUGUAGAGAGAGGAAAAUGAAAGAAGAGAUCAUGGAGUUUGCUAACAAUCCAGGUUGGAGAUGAUAAUGACUUGGAGUGGGCGGUAGUAAUAGAGAUGGAGAAAAAAAUGUAUUUAAGAUAUAGUUUGGAAAUAAAAUCAGUGACCUGCUAACAGUGGAUACAGGAGUAACAGAGGAAUUAGGGACAGCUUCCUGGUUUGUGGUUUCAGCCGCUGAAUUAGACAGCGGACCACUUACUAGAAUGAGUAAGACUGGAAUGGGAAUAGGUUUGGAGAAGGAGAAACUGAGAACUCUGUUUUGGAUUAACAUUUGAGAUAUGUGUGAGAUAUGCAAGUAGAAAUUUCAAGUGGUGGUUGUAUACAUGGGCUAGAGCUCAGGGUUAGUCAUAUCUAGAACUUUGCAUCUGGGAGUCAUCAAAUGAGCAGAAGGUACUUAAAGCCAUGGGAAGAAAUGAACGAAAUCCCCUGGAACUGCUCUACCGAACAUGGUAGCCACUGGCUAUAUGUAGUAUUUAAAUUAAAUUUAAAAUUUAGGUUCUUACCAUACUGCCCAGAUUUCAAGCUCGCAAUGACUAUAUGUGGCAGUUGGCUACAUAUUGGAUAGUGUUGACAUAGAACAUUUUCAUUAUUUCAGGAAGCUCUGUUGGAUGGUACUGCCUUCAGAGAGCAUAGCAAAAUAUGAGGACCCAGGAUAGAGUCCUCUGAAACACCAAUUCAGUAUUUAGGGAGUGGGGCAGGAGGAAGUGCCAGAAAAAGAUACUAAGAAAGAGUAGUCAGUGAGAGAUUGGCAAUAUUACUAGUGGACACAUUAUACAGGCACAUUUGAUAAUAGGGUUGAAUGCUUGGACUAGUGCUACAAGGAGGUGAUCAUUAAAAUCCUAAAUAUAUUAAUAAAUUCCCAGAGUAAGGAUGAUAUGUGUGCUAGAUGAUGUCAGUAUCUUAAAAUGGGAGAGAGAGUAUGAAUAGGAAGAACAACCCAUAGAAAUGGAACCACGAAAAAGAAGAAGCAUUUUGGACUUAAUGGAGGAGCAUCAUGGAAAUUGAUCAACCCUAGGAACUCUUUCCCUCAAAGAUGGAAAUGUUUGUAUGCAGAGUGGUGGAAUGGCAAGACAAAUUUUAGAAGUAUCACAAUGAGAGAAUUAUCAAAAUAGGCAAAAGUUGUGUUAUUUCAGAGGGAUUAAGAAAUAGCAUGUAGAAAUGGAUGGCCCCUACUAAGAGAAUUGCUGACUGGUCUUUUCCUUACCAGAGCCCCAGAGACAGGUACUUGAAAACCCUGAGCCCAUAUCAAAGAACAUAGCCUGUGAUGAAGGUUUCAUCACAUGGACGACCUUCCAAUUUGUAAUGACACUUUCCACACAUCUCAAAGUUAGAAGAGGAAUGAAAUUAAUACUUACUAAAUUUUGGAGAAAUUUAAAUAUAAAAGAAAAUUUAGGAAUUUAAGAUACUUUCUGAUAAAUUGCAAUUAGCAAUAUAUUAAAAUCAAAAUUGAUUAUGGUAAAAUUUUGUCUUCAGAAUUUUCAGAAGUAGGAUCAGAAAGUGAGGAAAUGUAAAAAUAGUGUAUUGAGUCAUUCACAUAUGACAAUUAGUGGGCCAGCCCAGAAACUCUUGGGGUAAUGAAUAAUGAAAUCCCCUCAGAGGCAGCUACAGAGUUGUCUUAGAAGCAACUCAAACCAGUGUCUGCAAUUCUGAGCAUGUCUUUGUCAAGGCUGAGUCAGGGUUCCAUAAUAUUCAUCUCUUACUUGGUUCCCAGCAUCCAUUCUCCUUCUCUAUGGGGACAAUAACCCAAAUAAUCUUUGGGAAAACAUCCUUUCUCAGCCACCUGGUUUGGCCUCACCCCCAACUUCCUAAGCCUAGGUCCAUCAACUUGUCCUAUUUGGCCACAGAGCCAAUGAGAUAUGAGGAGAUAUUUACUGGGCCUUCUGAAAGAGAGAAGCUUUUCUUUGAGAGCAACCAAAGAAGACACUCUCUGUCCUCCUCUGUGUGAUAUAUAUAGGAAGAUAUGAAGCCUUGAACUAGGGCAAUACUUUCUUUUUUUUUCUGUUAAACGGGCAGGUGAGGGGAGAAUCUGGAGCUUCCUGAUGUUGGUAUGUGGAGCUUGAGGAUGAAGCCAAUAUCAAAGAAGAUAGUGGCAAAGAAGAGAAAAACUGGGUCCCUGGUGACAUUGUUUGAGCCACUAGCCCAAGCCUUACUUGAGUUAAGACUUACCUCUGGACUUUUCAGCUACGUGAGCCAAUACGUAUCUUUUGUUAAACUAGUUAGAUUUGGGUUUUCUGUCAUUUGCAACGUAGUCAGAGUGAUCCAGGCUUGUAUUUGAAAGCACUGGUGUCUAGUAGAGCACCUAAAUGUUCUGCUCUCUCCUGCUUAGUAGUCACACAAGCUGCUCAUUUGUAUUGCAUCUCAGUUGCUUGGAGUUUGAGUGGCUAAAUAGGCACCUCUCAUGCUUAAUUUCAUGAAUACCAUCAGACUGAUAUUUUGUCAUACCAUAGCAUACCUUCCAAAUGUGAGUAUGAUACUCUCAGUUCCAGAUUCUCUAGUGGAUAACUUCCUGUCUCUUUGAUGUAUUUUCUAGGCCCCCCCUACCCGACCUAUGUGAAUUUGGGGUUUGCCAUGUCAUCUAUAUUUUAACUUGGAUUCUUGUGAAAGAACCAGAUAUUUUUCAUAUCCACUAUUGCGUUGUUUUAUUGAGCAGUGUUCCACUACUCUUGAGAGGUACAGAGUCCCCUAGAGCAUGUUAUCUGAAGCUGAAAGUCAUUUCUCUGCGGAGUGAUUGAGAAGUAAGCAAAAAGUUAGUUCCUUACCUUAGCAAAAAAGGAAAGCAAAAGGAACUGGCUUUGAAUUUUUUUUUUCCCCAAGAGAAGAACUCUAUUUCUGGUGUAAGUGAUAUAGGUGUUGGAGUUAAGCCACUGCAUUUUUCAGCUUCUAUCCCCAUUUCCAGCAUCCCUAGUCCAGGCGGAACUAAAGUGUGCUUAGUAUGAAUGAAGCCAUUCUGAUCACUAGUAUAUUGAACCCACUAAAGUUGCUAAAAAGUU